AAGAAGUUGGAGAAGAACAGAAGCGGAAGAAGGGGAAAAUUUUUUUUCAAAUAGGCACAUAUCCGACUUGUUUUUCCUCGGAUUUGGUACGUGCGUCUCAUCGCGCUCUGUUUACUUUUCUUAGGGCUUCAUUCCAUGCGUUUUGAAGACUCAGAAACACAGGGACUGAGACCAGGGACUCAGCAGAUACCGGUAAACGAUGGUGAAAGUUGUUGUUUCGUCAGACGCUGUCCAGUCCAAGUUCAAAGUGCGGGAUCUACUGGCCCUUCAAAGCCCACAGAGGUCAUAUCUGUCGCCAUUAUCGGUCAUUGCCCAUAUUGAUAUCAAUGCUUUCUUUGCACAGGCUGAGCAGAUAAGACUCGGACUGUCGAGACAAGACGCCGUCGUUUGUGUACAGUGGUCGUCGAUUAUAGCGGUGAGCUAUGCUGCCAGAGAGUAUGGAAUAAGCAGGAUGGAUUCCAUAGAAUCUGCAAAGUUGAAAUGCGAUAAGCUGGUUCCUGUUCACACAGCUGUUUUCAAGAAAGGUGAAAACUUUUGGCGAUACCACGAUGAGGAUAAGGAUCCGCCUUCUCCUAUCAACCAUAAGGUGAGUUUGGACCCUUAUAGGAGAGAGAGCAGGAAGAUUAUGAAAAUAUUCAAGAAGAAUUGUGAUCUGGUGGAAAAGGCCAGUGUUGAUGAAAGCUUUAUGGAUCUUGGUAGGUUGGUGAUUGACAGAAUCCUCCAAUUGAUUCCAUCCCUAAGACAGCAGUUGGAUAAGAUGGAUAAGCAAGACCUCUUGCCAUCCUUACCUUCAGAUCUCAACUUUGAAGCACAUGGGUUUAUUGUGGGGUAUGACGACCAAUCGGAAAUUCAAAUAAGUGAUUGGGAUGAUUUUGUCGUGCUGUUGGGAUCAUCAAUAACUAGUGAAAUAAGAGCGGAGAUAGAGUCAGAACUGGGCUAUACAACGUCCUGUGGUGUUGCAAAGGUUAAGACAGUGUCGAAGUUGGCGUCUGGGUUCAAAAAGCCUGAUAAUCAGACCAUCGUGCUAAACUCACAGAUACCCAACUUCGUCUCGAACUUUGAUUUUACAGACUUUUGGUCAAUGGGUGGUAAAACAGGUGAAUACAUCAAGACAAAAUUAUCACCACCGGACUCUGAAAAUAUUGGGUAUAUCAGGGAUAAUUACGAUAUGGGAGAAUUGGAGGAAUACCUGGAGGACAAACAGCUCGCGGAGAAACUGUACCUGAUGGUUCGUGGUGAAUACGCUGCACCUCUUUCAGAGAGAAUUUUAGUGAAAUCUAUGAAUUCGAACAAAAAUAUCCGGGGGAACUCAGGUUCCUCUUUACAGGAUGCAAGUGAAUGGAUAAAAGUAUUUGCUGCUGAUCUAUUCCAACGGCUCGUUGAAAGUGAAGAUGAGAAUGGCUAUAGAACCAGAGCCAAGACCAUCAGUCUCAAAUUUGUCUCAAAGAAAUCUGGUCAGACGCAUUCUAAACAGAGCUCUUUACCUUUAGUUCCCAGAGAAGAGAUGGAGGAGACUUUGUACAAAUAUGGGGUUAAUCUCCUAAAGAUCUUGGGCUCACAGUUUGGUGAUAUAUAUCCUUUGAUCAAUUUAAACAUGACGAUAUCGAAUUUUGAAGUUGUUGAUAAUAACAGUACAAGCAUAAUGGGGUUUGUCAAGAAGACGGAUGUGUUUCCUACUGGUUUUGCUUCUCAAUUAACAAAGUCCAAUGUUCAACCAAAGCCAAGUGUUGUUGCGCCUGUUCCAGACAAAGAAAGGGCUUAUGAAGAACUUGGAGAUGACAAAAGACAAACCAAACUGCCAUUCUGAAAUGAAACCUAUAUAUUCACACACUAAGAGAUAAAUCUACAUUCACAAACAGUCGUAAAAAGUGGUUAAAUGUCAUUAAAUAAAGAUCGGAAUCAUAUCACACACAUAAACAAGAGCAAUUGGGACAAAUCAAAGUACAAAAUUCAAAAGGACAAAGUCGUAAAGAAUGCUUAAUAGCAAGGCACAGCUAUUUUGGAAUGUUAACAGUCAGAGGGA